UUUGAAAAGAGGCGAUGUUUAUCCGGAAGUGCGCGUCUCCGCUGAGAGUCAGCUGACAAGCCUACUUCCGCUUCUGACAGAUGUUUGCUGUCUCGGAUCGUGCGGCUGUGAAAUCAAAACACCUGCGCGAUCAGAGCCGAUGAGCGCGAUGAGUGCGGGCGCCCCGCGAUCACUGGCCUCCUCCGGACAGAAGUCCAUCCAGGACAUCCUCCACCCGCUGUCCGCCGAGGAGAGCGCGCUGAACCCCGGCAGCGCUGCGGAGAAGGACCUGAUCCUGCCCAAUGGGACUCCAGUAGACACAUCAAGCCCCGCCUCCUCUUCAUCUCUGCUGAACCGCCUACAGCUCGAUGACGAUCUGGACGGAGAAACACGCGAUCUGUUUGUGACUGUGGACGACCCCAAGAAACACGUGUCUACUAUGGAGACAUAUAUCACCUACAGAGUCUGCACAAAGACCACAAGAACAGAGUUUGACCUGCCUGAGUACUCGGUAAGGCGACGCUACCAGGACUUUGACUGGCUGAGGAACAAAUUAGAGGAAAGUCAACCCACCCAUCUUAUUCCACCUUUGCCUGAGAAGUUUGUUAUGAAGGGCGUGGUGGACCGUUUCUCAGAGGAGUUUGUGGAGACCAGAAGAAAGGCACUAGACAAGUUCCUCAAACGUGUAGCAGACCAUCCCGUGCUUUCUUUUAACGAGCACUUCAAUGCAUUUCUCUCAGCAAAGGACUUGAAUAAGCGUCAAGGACUGGCUCUGCUGACUAAAAUGGGGGAAUCUGUGAAGUAUGUGACGGGUGGUUAUAAAUUGAGGGCACGGCCGGUGGAGUUUGCUGCCAUGGGCGACUAUCUGGACUUGUUCACACAGAAACUGGGCACCAUUGACAGGAUAGCACAGAGAAUCAUCAAAGAGCAGUCAGAGUUCCUAAUGGAGUUGAGAGAGUAUGGACCGGUCUACUCCUCCUGGUCGUCUUUUGAGGAGGACCUCCAUGAUCCUCUGGAGGGGGUGUCGGGGUGCAUGUCGAACUGCUCCAGCGCUCUGGAGGAGCUCACGGAGGACAUGAGUGAAGACUUUCUCCCUGUGCUCAGAGAAUACGUCCUGUACAUCGAGUCCAUGAAGAAUGUGCUGAAGAAGAGAGACCAAGUUCAGGCUGAGUAUGAAACAAAGUUAGAGGCAGUCGUGUUCAGGGAGGACAAAAAGACACCGGUGCCCACUGACGUGGAGAAGUGCCAGGACCGCGUGGAGUGUUUCAACGCAGACCUGAAGGCCGACUGGGACCGCUGGGAGAACAACAAACGACAGGACUUCAGACAGCUGCUGACCGGCAUGGCCGACAAAAACAUCCAGUACUACGAGAAGUGCCUUGCAGCAUGGGAGUCCCUCAUUCCAGUGUUACAAGACAAACAGGAAGCAGAAGGCGAAACGAGCUGAGCGUGUUUCAGCCGUUCUCCCGGCCACCUGCGAUGUCCAGAGCUCAUGAUCCAGGCUGUCCUCUGACCUGUCCACCACGAGCAGAGCUUUCACGGGACGGGACGAGCUCCGAGAAUCCAUUUGUAAAGUGUCUUUAUUUGUUAAAGCCCAUCCAUCCAACAACCUCUCUCUCUCUUUCUCUUUCUCUCUCUCUCAUUCUCUCUCUUUUUUUGUGGAAGGAGAAUCUGCAGGACUGGAACUGCAGAAGAAACCAUAAACACUCAUGAGGAUAAGAGAGGGGAGGACGUUUUUGGUGACGUCAACAAAUUUGUUGUUUUUAGUGAGAUGUUUGCCAGUUGUUCUUUUGUAAAUGCUUGUGUUUUGAUGCUGAUCCGUCCAAGGGAACCGAGACGUCAGUGUUUUGUUUUUUGGUUCGUGUUCAUGAAGAGUCCCGCUGAAGGUUUGCCAGCAUUCCUCUUGCCAAAGACGUGGAACUUAAGUCUGAUAUCUCGAUUGAAACGUUUGCUUUUUUUCCCAGAAGAUUUCCUGGACUACAAAAGCCUUGCCUGGAUCGGCCCUUCCCUCGUUAAACUCUAAACUAAGCUGUUGCGUUGAAUUGAGGGAUGUUUUCUCAGCCAUACUUGACCUCAUUAAAUAUUUAUGACUAAAGAUGUGUCAUAAUGAUUUGUACUUGUCUUAAUGGGGCAGGAUCUGUGGUCGGGUCAGCUAGUCAAGUGAGGUGAAUGUAAUGUGGGGCGUUUCCGGUGAAACUCUGGGAUAAUAAUGGAGAUCGGUUAAUCUCCAGUAAAAUCUCCAUUCAAAGUGGUUAUGCAGUGCAGGAUAGUGAAUUUUUUUUGGGCAGAAGUCUCUUUAUGCUCUCCAAUGCUACAUUUAUUUGAU